UGGGACAACUAGCGGAGCACAGUGGCGAAUCCAAUGCCAAACAUCUGUGACAGUCUGUGGAAAGACGGAUCAGAAAACAAAAAACGAACAACGACGUUUUAUGACGCUGUGGCAGACGCUGAACCCGUGCAGCCACUUUAUUACGGGGAUAAUUUUAUUUUUUUAUUUUUAUUUUAUUAAAUGUUUGUUGUUGUUUCGAGAUAUGAAUGAAAAAUAAUAAAAACAUAAACAAAAAACGGAAAAAGGAAAAAAUAACUAUAAACUAUGUCUACGCGUAAAAUGGGAAAAUAGCUGCCGAUGUAUCUUUCUUUCUUUCUUGUUUUUUGUUUUUGUAUAUUUUGUGUGCUUUUUUAUAAAACAAGAUACUUUCAUAGCUCACGAUUUAGUUAGCAAAAGAAAGUCUUAAGACCUUGUGUGAUAUUAGUUUGGUUUGGGAUUUGGAAGAAAGUUCAUCUUUGUGGCGAGAUAUUAUUUUGGAUUACUUACGUACAUAUCUACCACUAGAUUAAUUUAAAUUUUCAACGAAAAUGCUUUUGGCAUUUUUAUUUACAAUACUUGCUGUUACAAAAACAUCAUUUUGUACGGAAGCAGAGCAAAAUGUCAAAUCAGGAAUACAAAGUUCCAUGCCAACGAAUUCCUCGAUGCCUCCAAUUCUCGAUGCAACUGCCUCGAAACUUAUACGAUAUCGCAGUAAGCCACCUCCAAAUUUCUAUCGACACAAGAGUCAACCUCAAAAGCGUUCAAGACCUAGAAUAGUAGUUAAUAAGUCACCACCUAAAAUGAAAAACAAUCGACCCAUUUUCACACAACAUCAUUUCGAACAAAGUCUCCAACCGAGUACCUAUUACAAAUUCAAGCCUGAAGUUCAUACAAGUACUUUGGCCUACAAACCUUCGUAUAGUUAUGAUGAAAUUCAUUACGAGAUCAGCUCGGAAUACCCAAAGAAGGAGUCCAACUACGAAACACAAGCCAUGGACUUGGAUUUCUAUGGAGAAUCAUAUCCCAAGAAGAAGGUCAUAUCACAAUAUGAAUACACGAAACCGCAGAAAGGUUUUUCAAAGCCUCAAAAAUUCCCACCUCAAUAUGAAUUCUCAAAGCCCCAGAAGACCUAUUCCAUUCAGCGACCACAGAAUUUGUAUGGAGCUCCUGAGGAAUCGUAUGAUUUCAAUUUUCCUUCCAAGCCGGAGGUGCACUAUGAAAUAUCCUAUCAUGAGGAAUCACCAGCGGCACCGGUUGCGGCGGUGGAACAAGUUUAUGAACCAGCUCCACAACCAAAACAGAAGUUCGAGGAUUUUCCUCCUUAUGGAGCUCCGCCAAAGAAAAUCCACCAAUCAGAGCAGGUUUCUUAUCAACUACCAGACAACAAGUACGAAGCACCAAGCAUUCCAUAUCACUCCCAAGAGGUUCCAUCUAAGGAAGUCCACUUUGAAUCUUACGAUAAAAAGUUGUCCAAUAGUGGCUACAAUUACAACAAUGACUUUGGUGAACCACCAACCGACAUCCACAUCAUCCACUCUCCAUCUUAUGAUAUAGAGACUUUACCCAAAAAGCAUGCCCCUCCGCCAAAGAACACAUAUCCGAAACCCCACGAAACCUACGGACCACCUCCAAGUGACAGCUAUGGUCCUCCAAGUAACGCCUAUGGCCCUCCUCCGGAGUAUAACAAAAAAUCUCCAUCUAUCGAUUCGUAUCACCAUUCAAAUAGCGGACAGUUUGCAGAACCUCCAGAAUCAUACCUUCCCCCACCUCAUCUGCCAGAGGAUUUACCUCUAAAUAAAAACCACAUGCCACCUGGUUACGAUUAUCCCAAAAGCAGCUAUGAGGUUCCACUCUACGACCCAAUUCCCUUCGAAUCAACUACUGAAGAACAUGAGGACUACUUUCCACCGAAUAAUUACCAUGACGAAGGACGACAUGAGCAUGUUUCUGAGUCCAGCACCCACACUCAACGGAUUCCAAAAACUCCAGCCGUAAGCACGGCAUCAACUUCACAAGAACACGAACAAGUUCAGCAGGCAAACACUAAAGUCCAUCGAUACACAACUAGCAAACAUCGCUAUAAGAAACCGGCUCGAUAUCAAACUACCCCCAAGGCUCCUAUUUCCACAGAACAAACCGGGGUGCCAGCAGAGGCUCCAUCUUCUGAGUUUAUAGAGGAAGUCAUAUCAACUACGACCAGUACAUUAAGACCACGUCGCAAGAGGAAACGCACCAAGGCUCCUCUGAUAGCUGAAAAACACAAUCUCGACGUCCCAGAACUAAAAGAAGCCUUCGAAACUGGACGAGAUAAAGAACAAUCCGAUGAACUAACCGCACAUGCUUCGACCAUAAAAGAAAACAUCGAACCUCACCGCCAUCAGGGAACGAGUAAAAUUCAGAAAAUUACAGAUUUCUCCCCCUCACAUUCAUGGAAUCCAAUGAGAAUACGAACAAGACCAUCAUCGACAGCUAUAACAACAUCGCAAAGAGGUCAACGAACAGCUUCGACAAAUGAUUUGAAAGAUCUUAGAAAUAUCGAAGUAAUUUCGAUACAAAAAUCACAUUCUCAUAGUUAUUAUGCGGGUACUGAGGCACCUUCGACGAGAACAAGGACGACACCAGCGCCAGCGCCAGCACCAGCACCAACGCCAAUGCCAACGAAACGAACUCGAAAAAUGACUUCUCGAGCAGAUGCUAUUAAAAUGGCAACUGUUUCGACGACAAAGAAAACGACAACACCAAUUAAGGCUGAAAAUGCCUUCAAACCAACUCGAGGAUUGAUUAUUGAUACAACUUAUUUUAAGGUGAAAGAUAAUUCAGAUGAGGAUUUUUACGAUGGCACGGGAAAGUUGCCUAAGAAUCAUAAACUAUUUUAAGUUAUUGGUGUUCUAGAAACAAAGUUUUGUAAGUUAAGAGAUAGGAAUAAGUUGAUAUAAAGUUAUUUAUUUUUUUAAGAUCUAAGGGUGCUCAAAGAGUGAAAUACAUUAA